AUGGGGCCAACCACGUUCACGCCGUUCCCAGAGCUCGUCCCCGAGCUGAGGACCAUGAUCUGGAUGCAGGCCAUCGCCGCCCAAGUCAAGGACAUCGCGGACAGCCUCCCGCCCCGGGCCUAUAGCCCCUGGUCCUCGCGCCGCCGCCAGGCCUUUGUCGGUCACGAUAGCUCGAAGCCCGGCAGGCCGCGCGCAUGCCUCGAGGUACACAUCCGUGACCCCUACGACGGGCGCAAGAUGCGCCUGGAGCAAGACGAGUUCGAAGCCUUCGUGAACUGCCUCCCCAUCUCGGCCGUCUGCCGCGAGGCCCGCGCCCGCGCCGCCGAGUUCUGCGUGGCGCUGGUGCCACAUAUACUGUUCAAGUACUACCGCGGCGAACUAGGAGACGUGCACUGCGACCCGAAGGCCGAGACCCUUGAGCAUGUCCUCUCGGAACCAACCACGUUGACGGUAUUUGGAAGGAUGGGCGAAUUCAACUCUCCAGAGCAGCUUGUUGGCAUAGUCAGCCGCUUCUUCGGCAACAAGAUUGAGCGGUUGAUCCUGCAACUUUUCACGCGCGCGGACGACGAACAGGAGCUGCCUUAUUGGGCCGAUCACGUUAAAAGUCGCGUGUAUGUAGAGCCAGUCUUCGACAUCGACAUCCAAGGGGACCCCUCUAUAGUCCAUGUAACGCGGGACCGAAGGGUGCACGUGGCGGAGAGGACAUGGAAGGACAUGCGAGGCACGACGGAGACAUUGGCCAAGCAUCUCCUCGAAUUCUACGAGAUUCUCGAUGUCUCUUCUGGAGCCUUGCCGCACCUCAGGUAUGUGGACUUGAACCUCGAGGAGCAGGGGUGUGGAGGCGGGCGGCUACACAUCAAGUCGAGCUAUAAGGACGGUGUAUUGAGUACAAGGGUCAAGCCUAAUGAGGAAGAGUAA